AUAUGUUAGAUCUAGCUAGAACGAAGGGUGACAUAGGAACGAAAGCACUCUAGACCGCUGGGACCUGGGUGCCUCCACCUUGACCAUAACCGCUACACAAUCAGCUGCAGUGGACGGUCCACCCAAAGCGCGAGUACAAUGGACAUGUCCUAUUACAUCCGCACUUCAAAGCUGCCGCAAAACAAAAUUCUACUAGGGCUUGCACAUAAAUAAAGGUCAUCGAUGAAUUAAACCUCGUACUAUCCCAUCGUUGAUCUAUCUGCCGUGUCUGUCAUAUCUAUCAUCUGCAAUUUCGCCUUCUUCUAAGAUGUUUAACGGCUCCACACCCUAUAACGUCGAAAUCAUCCAGCUUUGGCGAGGCAAAAUAGGGCCCUACAGGCACUUUCCCCUUCACUGGGUGAUCUACGUCGAAACCGAUCCUGGUAUCGGAAACACAUACCAGGUCGUGGGAAACCCGGACAACUACGCCACAGACAUCAAACUCAACCAGCCAUACGAAAAAUCAGACAACUGGCGUGGAAGUUUCAGCGUCGGAACAGUGAACUGGGUCCAGCUCGGCGAAAUGGAGAGAAUCAUCUCAAGAGUUCAGAUUAUGCACGACAUUCCCGGAUGGAACAGCCAGGAUUGGGUAGCAUCUGCUCUCUUCUCUCUCAAGUGCUCGGGGUUUUUUGGCAUCACGUCGGAAGUCGGGGUCCUGGAACUUGCAGACAAAAUGUGCUGGCUGCUGGAGGGUUGGCCCGGGGUUGAGAAUAUGGUCGAAUUUAUCGGUGGAGACGAUCUGGCGUGCGUAAUUGCCAACCGACAUUUCAAGAAAACGCACAAAUUGGUGUGGAGGGCGCCUGAAUACGGUCAUAUGCGCGAGUGGUUGAAAGAAUCUUGUCGUAAUACCUGCCACGAUUUCUGUGGAGCAUUAUAGACAUCGUCUUGCAUUCUCCAUUUGUAGUUUUGUAUCAUCAUAUUGAUUAUCAGAGUCGUUCCCGAUGGUAGAAGUGGCGUAAGCUUUGGGUGUUGGGCUUUCCAGAUGGCUCGGAACGGCCUGAUUCCAUUCCUCGAUGGCAAGCCGUAGCUUGGGUGAUGUACACAAAAAACCGAGCUGGCGUACGUGC